CUGCGCCCCAAAGACUAUUCACUGCUGGCUGGAAUCUGGCCUUUCCCCGGCUUCCCAUUCCCCCGUUAUGACACCGUGGCCUCUUGUCUUGAUGACCUAGACCCGUCAAGUCAAGUCUCCCAACACAAACCUCUUCUCUCAACUGGACAUUGUCGUUAUCAUCUAGAUAUCAGUGUCUGAAAGUUGUUCGGGAAAAAAAAAAUACCCCACCGCAAAAGAAGAAUUUUACAUCCAAGAUCGGUUGUCUCUAGUAAAUAUGGAAGACGACUUCGCCUCAGUGGACUCGCUGCCUGGUUCUCCAGCGGCUGAGAUCCCCGUUCUGACUGUCUCCCCCGCGGAUACCUCCCUGGAAUCUAAGGAUGGAACAGCUGAGACAAAGACUGAGGAGAAGAAACCAGCCAAGAAGAGAAAGUCCUGGGGCCAGGAAUUACCAGUUCCGAAAACCAACUUACCUCCUCGAAAACGAGCCAAGACCGAAGAUGAGAAGGAGCAGCGCCGCAUCGAGCGUGUCCUACGAAACCGUGCAGCCGCUCAGACUUCGCGUGAGCGCAAGAGGCUGGAAAUGGAGAAACUAGAAAACGAGAAGAUCAAGGUGGAACAACAGAACCAGUUCCUCCUUCAACGGCUCUCCCAGAUGGAGGCCGAAAACAACCGUUUGAACCAACAGGUUGCCCAACUAUCAGCAGAGAUCCGUGGGUCCCGUGGCAGCACCCCAAUGGCUUCCUCCCCCGCAUCAGUAUCUCCGACCCUUACCCCUACCCUCUUCAAGCAGGAGCGUGACGAGCUCCCCCUCGACCGAAUUCCUUUCCCUACUCCCGCCCUUACCGAUUACUCUCCUACACUUAAGCCUUCCACUCUGGCUGAGGCCUCCGACCUGGCACAACAUCCUGCAGCGGUGUUGUGUGACCUGCAGUGUCAGUCGCCGGCCUCGAAGGAGAUGGAAACGUCCUCCCCCUGUUUGACCUCGGAGCAAGCCUUAAGCAUGACCCUUCAAAUGAGCUUACAGCUCCUCUUUCUGACGAUGACUUCCACCGCCUAUUCAACGGUGAUUCAUCCCCUAAGCCAGAUCCUUCACUCAUUGAAGACGGGUUCGCCUUUGAUGUUCUCGACUCAGGAGAUCUAUCAGCAUUUCCAUUUGAUUCUUUGGUUAAUUUUGACUCCGAGCCUGUCUCCCUCGAAGGCAUCGAGCCGCCCAACUGUCUUUCGGACGAGAGUUCUUGCCAGACUUCUAGCGUGCACCCCGGCCUUGGCGCGUCCACUUCGCGAUGCGACGGGCAGGGCAUUGCAGCUGGCUGUUAGGCAGGAAUUCUCUCAGGGAGACCUUUCGGCUAUCGGUGUCCCAGGGGUUAGAUGGAGCUGGGAAUCCUUAUCAACCCUGGCGUUGACGCUAGAUCUCCUGGAGAAGCCAGAACGACGCGGACGAAUCUUGACUGGUUUGAAGUCACUACCAAGCGGGCGGCGUAAUGUUUUAAAGUCUUACAGAGUAUCACGGAGUUCACGGAGUUCAGCAAGUGCCGGUGAGGCGUUGACGUCUCUACUGAUGGGAAAGGGCUUGCGAUAGGUUGUACAUUAGCAUCAUCAGCAUUCUUCUAAUAUUGACCACAUUUCAAUCGGCGAAGUUUUUGGUUCCCGUAAAUCGGUGUCGCCCCCCGACACAAUGUAGAAUCCGGUCCCCCUUGGUUCUUAGAUCCUUGCGUAGGUAGUUCUUUUUGUACGUAAAUUUGACAACCUCGUGUGCUCUUGUUAACUAGUACAGACCGGAUUAUCUGAGACGGGUGUCUGGUGCUGAUUCUAUGUAAUUUGGAUACCUGCCUGG